AUGCUAUUUAAACAAUGGAAUGAUUUUUCUGAGCCAAGGCAUCAUAUGGAUGCACCUUUAGAAGAUGAUGAAGAUUUUGAAUCUUUACAGUUAGCCACACUGCCAGAGGUAAAAUUGGAACAACCUAUAGUAUUCUCCAAAUACAAGAGGAUUAUCAUUACUACUAAAGUGUUUCGCUCACUUUUCUCCAGUAAACUGGCUCAUGCGAAUCAAGUUUCUAAAUUCCAAAUACAAUGGCAUACUAAGGGCAAAGACCAUUUGAUGUACCGCGAAGAUUUCCAAGUGCAGGAGGACAACUCAAGCAAAAGUGAAAGCCGUUUGUUAGAGUUUCCAGUCGAGCAGAUUGACAGUGAAUCUUUAUUCGUUAGUGUCGCUGAAGACUUUUUACACGUCCCACCAAUAGCCUUGAAUCUUCUGUCGAAGGAGAUUGCUAAGCUUUGUGCCGCGCCAUUAGAUAUUUUGCUCAUUGGUUCAAGCGACAGAAUUGAGGAAAUCAAGCAAGUUGGAUUUCCGACCACUGAACAAAGAUACGGACUGCCGGGUCUGAACCCGCCUGAAUUUUUGACCAACUUCACAGCUAGCAUAAUGACACAAUUGAUUUCGAAUAAAGUUCACUUCCACGGGUACGUUGCGCCCAGUGAAGGUCCAUCUGGCUAUGAAAAACUAUCUAUGGAGACCAUGGAUCAACUCAUAGAUCUAUGUUGGUCCGAAUCAAGAGGCAGCAAUAGAGAGAUGUACGUGAAAGAGUGCCACAGAAACUGGAAGCUUAAUGGCACUGCCAUGGGUGCCCAAUCGGGAUUGUACUUAUGA